CCCACCACCCGGCCGGACGUACGUAGAGCAGAUGGUACCGCCGGAUACCGUGAAUGCGGAGUUGAUCGCGGCGACCUUGAAAUUGCCUCCAGAGGAGUUUCCUUCUCCUAGACAUACUAGAUGCAUAAAAUAAUAUUUUACGGACAUCAUGAGUGUUUUAGGAACUGUUGCUAAAGGUUUUGGUGCAGUCGCCGUGGUGUCCACAGUACUGGUCGCUCACGACAUCUACCACCAGCGACGGUCCAAACUGCACACCCUGGACAGUCUGGUGAGACAGUACAUCAUCAACAAACUCAUCGGCCUCAUUGGCAACAGAAUGAGGAAUAGGCUGGAGAGCGACACCAGGAACUGCCGGGCAGUCCAAGAGGAGAUCCUCCUGGCCCGGAUCAAAGCGGCCUCGGGCCUCGCGUACGGUCAGGAGUUCCAGUUUGCGGAUGUUGCCGACAGGGACGACUUCUGUCGCAAGCACCCGCUAAUGAAGUACGACGACAUCAAGCCAUACAUUGAGCGUGUCGCGGCAGGGGAGGACAGAAUCUUGACCCCGGACAGACCCAUCAUCCUCGGCGUCACUUCGGGAACGUCAGGCAAGAGCAGCAUCAUCCCCAUGACCAAAGGCCAGUCCUUAGCCUUCUUCACGCAGGGAAUUUCGGUCCUGUACAAUGCCAUGUAUGACGCCUACCCGCAGACCAACAACCUGCAGAAGAUCCUUAAAUUCUUUUACACACCCAAGUCGCGUGUGUCUUCCGGCGGUAUACCCGUGGGCCCGAACUCCUCCUCCCCCAAAUCCACCAAGGGGCUCCUCCCACUUUACACGACCCCUCUGGCUGGGUAUGACAUCACCACCGAGCCUGAGGCCCUGUACGUCCACCUCCUCUUUGGGUUGAUGGACCGCAACCUGGGCAUGAUCGAGGCUAAUUUUGCGUCGUUGGUCCACACCGCCUUCGUUGAGCUCGAGCGCAAGUGGCCCAGCCUGGUGCAGGACAUUGAGCAUGGGCACGUCUCGCGCAGUCUCCAGAUUGACGAAGACGUCCGCCAGCGCCUUGAUCAGCUAAUCAAACCCGACCCAGAGAGGGCAGCAGAGCUACGCAAGGAGUUUGAAAAGGGCUUUGACGGAAUUGCUAAGAGAAUCUGGCCGCAUCUGCACAUUGUCGCGGCCGUGGAUUCCGGUCCCUUUCAGAUGUACGGGAAGCUACUAGAUGAACGUUAUACCACAGACAUUCCUACAUACUCGGCUCUGUAUGCGGCAACAGAGGGUCUGAUUGGUGUUAACAUCUGGCCAAAGAGAUCAAAGCGGCAGUAUCUACUGGCCCCACGGAGCAUGUUCUACGAGUUCAUCCCCGUGGACAAAAUCUUUGAGGACCAACCGCAGACUUUGUUCAUCGAUCAAGUCACCAAAGGCUCAACCUACGAGCUGGUGAUAACUAAUGCCGGCGGACUGUACAGGUUUCGCCUGGGUGACGUCGUCAAAGUUGUGGACUUCUACAACGAGUGUCCAGUGGUUGAGCUCAAAUACAGGAAAGGCCAGUACCUGAAUGUAAGAGGAGAGAAGACAUCAGAGGAUAUCCUGUACAAGGCCCUGACAGACACAGUGGACGGCUGGGAGGGAGUUUCACUGGUGGACUAUUCCUGUGCAGAGAGCCCCUUGCUGGAAAAGCAAGACGCCAGUGACAAUUCGUUCCCACACUACAUUGUUUUUGUGGAGCUGUCCAACGAGAAGGACGCCAAGGCACCGGUCCACUUAGACGAGAAACAAAAGCUGCAGCUUGACGAGAACCUACGCCAGCAGUCCUUCGUCUACAACUCCUUCCGGGAGAAGGGCAGCAUCGCGCCCGCGGUAGUCCACAUCGUCCGCCGAGGCUCCUUCAAGCGGCUCAAGCGGUUCUCGCUGAAAACGCGCAGCGUGUCCGUCAACCAGUUCAAGGUGCCGCGGGUCAUGCGGCGUCCCGAGGCCGCUCAGUUCCUGUUCAAUAAUGUUGAGUAGGCAGGAUGCUGGUACAUAUUUUAUUUGCUGCCGGCUUUUAGCUGAUGGCAGAACUCGGCUGACAGGUUUAGGAAACCCACAUACAAAAGGUCCAUGCAAUGCAAUACUGAAACCAUGAGUGUCAUGAGGUCGGAAAAAAAGAUCAAUCCAAAACAGAAAAACAAAGCAAGAGAAAUGACGAAUUGAGGAAACGGGAUGAAUAUCACCUACUUGCUCGAAAAUACUUUGGAAUUGACCCUCGUUUGCUGUUAAUGGUUCAUCAGAAAAACAAAGCAAGAAAAACGACAAAUUGAGGAAACGGGAUGAGUAUCACCUACUUGCUCGAAAAUACUUUGGAAUUGACCCUCGUUUGCUGUUAAUGGCUCAUCAGUUUGCAGCUGAUGAAUGCUUGCCACCCCCCAAAAAAAUCUUUGCGACACUCAUGACUGGAUACCCUUAAAUGUUGUCAUCCUUGUAGAAUUUCACAGCAGUAAGCCAUCAGGCAACAUUUCUCAGGUAUGUUUUUUGGUGAGCAAAUUUUGGGUUCACAUUUAGAACAGAAAAACCCGCCGUCUUCCCUGCAUGACAUCUCAGCAACAGCGCCCUCAAUUGUCUGAAAAAGCAUGGACAAUUUUAAAGGUUUGUGAAAGUUUAUUUUUUGAUACACUUAACCCCGAAAGGUGGUUGUCAUGCAAGAAGAGAAUGAUGUUGGAGUCUGAGAAAAGUUCGUUGCCAGGACCCUCAAAAUGAAAAAGCUGGUGGCUAGUCAGAAGCAAUUAGUCAUACAGAAUUUCAACUAGUAGCCUGUUGGUAUCGACACUGCAGAUGUACCUGUAUUAAGGAAACCCAUGUGUUUUCUAGCUUCAGCAAAGUUGUCCCUGAUGUAAAUGUAUUUUCACCAAGGCUUUUGAAACUAUCUGACCUUACAGGCUCCCAUAUAGAAGGUAUAGUACAUGUAUGUGCAAUAUCCUACCUCUUGGCUAUUUGAUUUAAUUUGGGUUGUAUCAGCUAAUGAACGCUAAAAGUGCAUGGACUGCAAACUGGUAGAAAAAAAAAAGAAAAAUAUGUUGACACUGCAUAAUAAAACAUUAAGGUGGUAUUAACAAAACACAAAUUAACAAGAAGACACCUAACCCACCCCCCCAAAAGAUAAACCAGUAAUACAGAAGCAAGACUUUUAACACAAGGCACUUGGUUCCAUAGACAGCAUAUUAUACGUUUUGUCAUUUGUAAUCUUACCUUGACAAACACCAACCAGCAGGGUAGUCCAAUGCACUACACUGUUUGGUUAAAUGUUGUGUUGAGUACUCGUGGAGUACCAAAUUCACUGGUCAAAUAUUUAUCUGGUUAGGAAGGACAAAGCUGGACAACAUGUGCAUUGGAUGAUUACUUCACAAAGAUCAUGUCACAAAAUAGAAUCAUGAUUUCAGACUAUCACUGUUGAAUAAAAAUAAAGGUUUGCAACAAAGGUACUUGAAAAAGUACUUGCCAAGCACUUUUUACCCUGAAUACUUAAUUGUUACUUAAGUGGAGGAGCCUUAGGUCUUAGAUUUAUUUCAGCAUACCUUCGUGCAUUUACCAUCCAACGUCCAUGUUCAGCUCUGUUCCCUCAUAAACAGUUCAAUGUUUGGGCAUUGAACUUUGUACUUGAAAAGUACUCGAUUACAACACUGUUAGUGCCGUGCUCAUGACUUUUCUUGUGCCAUUCUAUUAUUCAUGGCCAGUGUGUAAUUUGUAGAGGGAGGGAUUUUUGUAAGUUGGUGCUUUUCAGCUGUUUCACUGCCAUAUUUUUUAUCUAAUACCACAGUAAUUUGGAGUAAUCAUGGCCAAAGGUUUCAGUCUGUGAAAAAGUCUGUUCAAGAAGCAAGUCUGGUUAAGAAAUUUGAUUGUCUCUGAAAGUCGUAAAAAUAUACAGAUUCAAAUUUUGUGUAGCGUUGCCCGAGACUGAGAUUUUUGUACAAAAUCAAAAUGUUAAAAUGUGUGAUAACGAGUUUGAGUAUAUUAAGUAUAUUGGUGAAAGCUUUAAACUGUAAAUAAAAAGUCUAGUGAACCUCAAAAUGUUGGAAGAAAUUUCCAGUUAAUUCAAAAGUCAACUUCAGGUUUGACAAAAAAAGUCACAGAAAUAGUCCUCUUUUUGUACUCUGAAGCAGUUUAUUUUUUGGGAAAUGCUAAUGGGGUGUUUUUUGACACCUCAAUGCAGUUUACACUGCCUUGCAUUCAAGGAUAGGAGUGAUAUGUUUCACAAGAAUUUGUACAGUUCGUGUAAUGGCCACACUGCCAAAUACAAGCCUCAUGGUAUAGUUGAAACAAAAACUUUAAUAUCCAUAUAUACGUUGUACUAUAUGCGAAACACAGUUUUAACAUAACACUUAUUUGAACUUUUCAUGUCGACCAAAGAGCGACGACAGGUAUUUGAUGACAUAUUUUUGGCACUCACAUUCAAGGACUAUGUACCUUUAUUUCUCUUCACUGGAAUUCAAUAAAGAAGUGUGUGAUGCAGCAGAUAGAGAA